AUGUCUACUUGUAAACCAUCUUCUACACCGGUUGAUAUGAGUGCUACUUCUGGUUCUAUAUUUGAUGAUCCUACUCUCUAUCGGAGUCUUGCAGGGGCACUCCAAUACCUCACUUUUACUCGACCGGACAUUUCUUAUGUUGUACAACAGGGUACUUUGGAGUACGGCCUCCACUUGUAUCCGUCCUCUUUUUCCUCUCUAGUCUCUUAUACUGAUGCAGAUUGGGGUGGAUGUCCGGAUACCCGUCGUUCGACCUCGGGUUAUUGUGUAUUCUUAGGUGAUAAUUUGACAUCUUGGUCAUCCAAACGACAACCCUGUUAA